AGGGCCCCUUUACGAACGAAAUCAACUCUAUUAGCACCACGAACAAGAGAUCAAGAAGAAAGAAGACUUUUACUGCACUUAAGGAGGAAGAGAGAUCGCUGCUGAAGGAACAGAUACAUUUGAAGGGGGAGAUAGCAUCAUUACGUGUGAUGAUGAAUGAACAGAGAACCAGAAAUGAAACCUUAAAGAGAAUCAAGCUUUAUUUGCGUAAAGAAUCAAAUAAUAAAAUAAACACAACAUCAGAUGAGCCAGGUGCAGCAUUUUCCAAUCAAUGCUACAAGGUGGAAACAUUUUCUUUUGAUUGUGCUCAUUCAAUCUUGCCAAGACACUCUACAGCUCAUGAUGUAACAUCAUCCGAUCAGAAGGGUGCCGAGGCCCAGGAAAAAUGCUUUAUUUUACCCGAUCUAAAUGUACCUGCAUAUGAAGAGGAAAUUGGCUAUGAGGUUUCAAAUGGGAUGAGCUGAGGAACAAGAUUGCUUCUCUUUUCUCCUCUGAUGCAAGUGACCAUGGUAUUGAUUAAGGGGCUUCUUGGUUCAAUAAACAUGAUCUGGUGAUCCGGGACUUGCAUACAGCGAGGGGCUCCCAUUGUAAAGUAUCAAAAAUCUUCUUCACACUUGGGGCAAAGCCACCGAUAUGAUGACUAAGCAUGCUCUUUUUGCUGGACAUUUACAAGCAAAAGAAGCUGGCGAAUCAUGAAGAAGAUUUUGAGCGUAGUGUAGAGAUUCUAGUGGGGAUGGACGUGUAGAGAAUUUGUAUUUUGAAGGUAUUAUGUUUUUGCAGAAUUCAUUUGGGUAACCCUUUGUUACUUCUUGUUUGGAAAACAUUAAUGUCCCUUUAUUUGUUUAGUUAGGUAUAUUGUUGUCAGAUACCUUAGGACUUGUUUUAAGUUCAUGUCACAAUUUUGUCUAUUCGAU